AUGAGAAACAUCACGGACACGUCCUUCUCAUACAUUUAUGUGACGCUACUCGUCUACAUAUUAAUACCAACAAUACAUCUUGUAAUUGACAUUGUUUCGCCGACAAAUCGAUCCCAUGGUUUUCUUUUUGAAUUGGACUAUGGCGUAAAUAGUCAGCAAUAUUUCUAUUAUUUAACCAUACACUCGUAUAUAGGAACUGCUAUAGUAUGUCAUUUGCUUGUUUCUUGUUAUACCAUGUUCGUGAUGUAUGCCCAACAUGCCUACGCGUUGUUUGCAAUUGUGAGUUAUCAAUUGAGAACUGUACACACUUCCCAUAAAAGUAAUUUAAUAAACGUAGAAGACGAUCGUUCGUUUGAGAAAUACAAACGUACAAAGUUCACACUAGAGGAAUAUGAAAAGUUACACGAUAAGUUGUUUGCCUGUAUACAGGGGCAUAAAAACGCCUUAAAGUAUUCAUAUUUUCUUGAAUCGUUAUUCACGAAAUUAAUGAUCUUUCAACUGUUCUUCAGUGUGCUAUGUCUCAGUACUACAGGCAUUUACACUGUACUGAAUUUGAACAACGUAAGCGCCGUGAUAAGGAAUGGUACAUUCGCAUUUGCACAAGUAUUUUAUAUAUUCUCGCUCUGCUUUCCUGGACAAAGGCUGGUGGAUCACAGCAAAGAAAUAUAUACUGCUACAUGCGAAAUAAUGUGGUACAAACUUUCUAAAAAGUCAAUAUCUUUGUACAAAUUUUUGCUCGUCAGAAGUUUAGUAUCUAGCAAAUUAACAGCUUUAAAAGUGGUACCGUUGACAAUGGAAACAUUUAUCAUGAUUAUUCAGACAGCUAUGAGUUAUUUUACCGUGUUAAAAUCAACGAUCGACACUCGCAAUGAAGAAACUAGUUUCUAAUAAUGUGCAUAGGAUGAAAAGUUUUGGUAGUGCGCAUACAUUGACUGUAUA